AUGGCUGAAUCCGACCAGGAGCCCCUCAUCAACGACAACCCGUCCCUCCAGUCGUACUACUGCUCCCUCGAGUCGCGGAUAGGCUACCGGCUGUUCCUGGGCGGCACCAGACACUUUGGCUACUAUGAGACCGACACCUGGUGGCCGUUUCCCAUCGGGAAAGCCCUCCGCGCGAUGGAGGACCACCUGUCGCAGUCGCUGGCGCUGGAGGCCGGCGCGGAGGUGCUCGAUGCCGGCUGCGGCGUCGGCCACGUUGCCAUCCAUCUGGCGCGCAAAGGGCUGCGCAUCCAGGCCAUCGACGUCGUCGACCACCACCUCGUCAAGGCGCGGCGCAACGUGAAAGCCGCCGGGCUCGACAAUGCCGUCACCGUCCGCAAGGGCGACUACCACCAUCUGGAGCACUUCCCGAGCGAGUGCGUCGACGGCGUCUACACCAUGGAGACGUUCGUGCAUGCGACCGACCCGGCCGCCGCGCUGGGUGAGUUCUUUCGCGUGCUGAAGCCCGGCGGCUCGAUUGCGCUGUACGAGUACGAUCAUCGCCAGCGCGAGGCCGCGCUGCAGGCCGCGUCCGAGAAGCUGGUCACCACGCUCGAGUCGAUCAACAAGUACGCCGCCAUGCCGGCCAACACGCUCUUCGACCAGGGCGUGCUGCCGGCGAUGAUGGAGGAGGCCGGCUUUACCGACGUCAAGGUCACCGAUCUCUCCGUGCAUGUGAGGCCCAUGCUGCGGCUGUUCUUCAUAUGCGCGUAUCUGCCGUACAUCUUCAUCAAGUUCUUCGGGCUCGAGCGCUGGUUCAUCAACACCGUCGCCGGCGUCGAGGCCUACAGGGGCUCCCAUAUCUGGCGAUAUGUCGCCGUCACGGCGAAGAAGCCGUCGACCACUGACAGGCCCCGGGAAGCAAAGAAGGUGCAAUGA